GUUCCAGAAUGCUCCUAGUUCUGAACAGGGCAGCGUCUGAGUCUGGAGCAAAGAGUUGGAUAGGAGGGCCUACAGGCGUUAUCAUGCAGACCUGGGUCACUGUGGUGGUGACUCUGGCCACACUGAUGGUUGCCACCAUGGAUGCGAAGAUCUAUGAACGCUGUGAACUCGCAGUGAAGCUGGAGAAGGCAGGCCUCAAUGGCUUCAGGGGCUACAGCGUUGGAGACUGGCUGUGCAUGGCACACUAUGAGAGUGGCUUUGACACCUCCUUCGUGGACCACAAUCCUGACGGCAGCAGCGAGUACGGCAUUUUCCAGCUGAAUUCUGCCUGGUGGUGCAACAACGGCCUUACACGCACCCAGAACCUCUGUCACAUAGAGUGUCGAGACCUGCUCAACCGCCAUAUUCUAGAUGAUAUCUUGUGUGCCAGGCAGGUGGUGUCCUCACAGAAUGGUAUGGCUGCUUGGGAUUCAUGGACCCGGCACUGUUCUGGCCAUGAUUUAUCUGAAUGGCUCAAGGGAUGCAAUAUGCAUGUGAAACCUGACGCAAGGAAGAUUAAUAAUUCGUGACUCGGUUUCCCAGAAGAAGAGAUUUUUCUUUUCCUUUCUUUUCUUUCUUCUGUGGUUUUAAUAAAGAAUGGUAUCUAUAAACUAGA